AUGGAAUUUCCAUCAAAUGCCAGCGAGUUGGCCAAUAAUUUGACCGUAACAGCCGUGAAUGCGACCACCCAUUCGGAGCUCAAUCUACCUUACACAGUUUGCGAGAUCCUUGUGGCUGUUUGCGCGGUUUUUGGCAACGGUCUGGUGAUCAUAGUAUUCAGCAAAGAGAGGAAACUUCGUAGACGUACCAACUAUUAUAUCAUCUCAUUGGCUACGGCUGAUCUGCUGGUUGGACUGUUCGCUAUACCUUUCGCGAUUCUUGCCAGUAUCGGUUUACCAACCAAUCUGCACGCGUGUUUGUUCACGGUUUCCGUGUUGAUCGUACUCUGCACGAUCAGCAUCUUCUGCCUGGUGGCGGUGUCCGUGGAUCGUUACUGGGCGAUACUCCAUCCCAUGGGAUACUCACGCACCGUACGCACUAAAACUGCCAUAGGUAUAAUUUGCGUGUGUUGGAUCGCCGGAAGUUUGGUCGGUUUCCUGCCGCUUUUAGGAUGGAACGCAGGCAAGAAAUCCAACGAGAAAUGCAUCUUCACUGAGGUGAUGGAUUACGAUUACUUGGUGUUCCUGUACUUCGCCACGAUCAUCUUUCCAGCGCUAUUAAUUGCAGCCUUCUACGCCCAUAUAUACAGAGUGGUCGUAAAGCAGUUACAACAAAUCGUGACGAUGAAUCCAAGUCGUACCGGAAAUCAGACAACAGGGACCAUGUUGCGUCUGCUCGGCGCUGCCAGAAAGCGCGAGGUGAAAGCUACGCAGAAUUUGUCGAGGAUCGUGAUCUUUUUCAUCAUUUGCUGGUUCCCUCUCUACACUAUCAAUUGCGUAAUGGCAUUCUGCCCGCGAUGCAAAGUGAACGAUAUCCUGAUGAACUUCUGCAUCAUCCUGUCGCAUUUGAACUCGGCUGGCAAUCCGUUGCUCUACGCUUAUCAUCUGAAGGAUUUCCGUGCGGCUCUCAAAAACUUCAUGUGGAGGCUUCUAUUUCCGCACAGCGACGUGAAGUCAAGUGUAGUGAGUGUGAUACACGAUCGUGGCUCGUUGGUUGGUUCGCAAAGACAGUUUCAAAGGCAAGCGGGUGGAGUGGCUUCUACGAGGGGUCAAAGGUCGAUUUUACUCCGCCAGGUUACUGACGUCAAAUUGAAAGGAUCGCUUACCGCGGGUCGUAACAUUUCAUUUCGAGAGAAGGAGGCGGGAAAUACAUCGAGUUCCUCGCAGAGCGACAAGCAGGAAGUUGACGGCUGCGUUAACGACAACACGAGUCAAAACAGCACCGAAUUACAACGAAACGAAAGUGACAACUUCGGAAAUAAUAGGAUCGAUUCAAGUGUUUCAAGAGCAUCUUCUUGUAUUACGAUGGAAUUACAGACUUAUAAACCUUUGAUGCCCCUUCUCCCAGCGGAAGUGGACAACGUCGAGGAAACACCACCGGCGUCUAUUUUCGUGAUCGAGGUCGAUGUAAAUCACGUCGAUUCUGUCCACGAAAAGAUGGACGAAGAAUUGACGGAAAGUAAAGACAAAGGUUGA